AUGGUUGCAGGUGAUGGAAUGAACAAGACCUUCACAAAGGUGUCUGGAGGCAUGAACCAGACAAAUGAAGGAGUUGUUAUGCUGAAGGAUUGGAAUGAAUCCAUUGACAGAGAUAGCAAGAAACUUCAUGAGAUGCCAGAGAUAGAGUGGAGAGAAAGGAUUCCAUUGCCUGGACUAUGCAAUGCAGAUAUGACCAGGUGUCCUACCAGUGAUCCCUUUCCUGUUCCCCAUGAGUGGUACCAGCCAGGUGGCCUCAUCAUUGGUGGGAUUUCCUCUCAGAUCUUUUAUACAUUUGAUGAAGUUUCCUUCAGAGAACAGCCUUCACAGAACAUGUUCACAAUUCCAUAUGUGGUGACGAAAUUCUACCAGCACACCCUUGCCUUGGCAUUUGCUGUAAAAGAGAUAAAUGACAGCCCCAAGAUCUUGCCCAAUCUCACCCUUGGAUUCCACAUCUAUGAUAGUUAUUACGAUGCAAGGAUGACUUAUCGGACAACUCUGGACCUACUUUUCAAAUCAAAUAGAUUUAUCCCCAACUAUACAUGUGACAUGGAGAAAAACCUCAUAGCCAUCAUUGGAGGACUUAGCUCUGAUACCUCCUUCUAUAUGGCUGACACCAUAGGCCUCUACAAGAUUCCUCAGCUACAACCUUUUCUUCGUUGCAUUAUAUUUAAUAACUCUGCAGGAGAAACAUUGAGUUUCAAUGGUAAAAAGGAAAUGGAAGGUGUAUUUGACAUUGUGAACAUAGUCACAUUGCCAAACAAGUCCUUCCUACGAGUGAAAGUGGGACAAGUGGACAAUGGUGCUCUUGAAGCAAGAAGAAUCAUCAUUCAUGAGGACAAGAUUACAUGGCACAAGGGUUUUAACCAGGUGGUGCCUAUUUCUGUGUGUAAUGACUGCUGCUCCCCUGGUCAUCAGAAGAAAAGGAAGGAAGGGGAGAAAUUUUGCUGCUAUGAUUGUGCUCCAUGUCCAGAAGGGAAGAUUUCAGACCAGAAUGAUAUGGAUGACUGUUUCAGAUGCCCAGGAGACCAAUAUGCAAACAGGAACAAAGAUGGAUGCAUCUUCAAAACAAUGAGCUUUCUUUCUUAUGAAGAACCCUUAGCGAUCAUCUUAGCCUCAAUUGCUAUUUGUUUCUCCAUUGUCACAACUUUAGUGUUUUUAGCUUUUGUGAAACACAGAGAUACACCCAUUGUCAAAGCCAACAACAGAGAUCUCACCUACACUCUCCUCAUCUCUCUGCUGCUCUGCUUUCAAUCUUCUUUGCUAUUCCUUGGCAAACCAGGGGAAAUGGCCUGCUUCCUCAGACAACCUACUUUUGGCAUCAUCUUCUCUGUGGCUGUUUCUUGUGUGCUGGCCAAAACCAUUACCGUAGUUGUAGCUUUCAUGGCCACCAAGCCAGGGUCCAGCCUGAGGAAGUGGGUGGGGAAAAGACUGGCCAACUCCAUUAUCCUUUCCUGCUCUUUGAUUCAAGCAAGUCUGUGUACUCUCUGGUUGGCAACUUCUCCCCCAUUCCCAGAUUUAGACAUGCACUCACUAAUGGAAGAAAUCACUGUGCAAUGUAAUGAAGGGUCGGUGACCUUGUUUUCCUGUGUCCUGGGCUACAUGGGCCUCCUGGCUUUCUUCAGCUUCCUCUCAGCAUUUCUGGCCCGCAAAUUACCUGACACCUUCAAUGAAGCCAAGUUUAUUACCUUCAGCAUGUUGCUCUUUUGCAGUGUUUGGUUGUGCUUUGUCCCAACCUACCUGAGCACCAAAGGGAAGUACAUGGUGAUGGUGGAGAUCUUCUCCAUCUUGGCCUCCAGUGCUGGCUUACUGGGCUGCAUCUUUGCCCCAAAAUGCUAUAUUAUCAUGCUGAGGCCAGAGCUGAACAACAGAGAGCAACUAAUAAGAAUAAAGAAUUAA